UCACAGAAGAAGAGAGAGAGAGGGAAAGAAGAGAGAGAGAGAGAGACCAUGGCCUCCGCCGUCGUUUGCAAGGGCGAGGGUGCCGCGCCGGCCAGCCUCCUCAAGUCCGGUGCUCCCGUGGCCUUCCGCUCGGUCGACUCCCCCGCCGUCACCGCCGCCCGCCGCCCGUACAACACCAAGGCCAAGGAGGUCAGCCGCUACGACGACGACGACGACGACUACAGCGCCCGCGACCUCGUCACCCCCAGCUUCUUCUCGCAGGACGUGCUCGACUCGCUCGGCGCGCCGACCAGCAUGGCCCGUCUGCUGUCUUUGAUGGAGGACGUCGCAUCUCAGACCGGCGGCCUCUCCUCCACUGCUGGUGCUGGGGCGUCGCAGCUCAGACGCUGGGUGGCCAAGGAGGACGACGACGCGGUGUACCUCAAGGUGCCGAUGCCAGGGCUGACCAAGGACCACGUCACUCCGCCCCUGGACCACGUGAAGGCGCGCGCGGACAAGAACAUCCUGGUCAUCGAGGGCGAGGGCGAGAAGCAGCCCUGGGACGGCGACGACGACUCCGCGAUGCCGAGGUACAACCGCCGCAUCGAGGUGCCUGCUGCUGACGCGUACAAGAUGGACAAGAUCAAGGCCGAGAUGAAGAAUGGCGUGCUCUGGGUCACCCUGCUCAAGGUCAAGGAGGAGGAGCGCACGGACGUCUUCCACGUCAAGGUCGAGUAGUCCCAGUGGUUGUGCUCAUGGAAGACGCCUUGUUGAUGUGGUCAUGUUUGGUGUCUUUCUUCCUUGUUUUGCUUCGUUGAUCGUCUUGCAUCGAGUAGGUGAAGUUGGCCACGAACUCUGUUAGUUUCCUCUAGUUGGGCAUAUGAUGAACUUGCUUUGGUGGUGAAACUGGUCAUGAAAUUGGUCAUGAAAUUCUGUUGAUUUCCUCCCCCAAGAAAUCCCUCCCGCUCUUCCUUUACAAAACCACCUCCAUUUCGCACCCCGUCUCGCUCAGCCACAAGAAUCCAAAAUCACAGAAGAAGAGAGAGAGAG